AUGCACUGUCCCACCCUUGAACUCACCGGAUGUGAGGAUGACAGAUGGUUCUCAUACUUGGAAAACAUGCAGUAUUUCUACAACGACGUCGCCUACGACUUCCAGCAAACCCCGGACCCAUUUGGAUAUGCCAACGAGAUGUAUUUUGCCCAACCAGCCAUGCCGAUGGAGUCGUCGAUGGGAGUUCGAGCGCCGAUGCCGUCACAAAUUGAGAUGCCACAAAACACUGGAUUUAAUGAAGCGCCACGAAUUCUGUGCGAAUUCCCAAUCGGCCAAAUCACGAUCCGCAUUCGAGUCGGAACCAUUCGACACAUUUUCAAGAAACACUGGAAGGAUUUUGUGUUUGCGGCGGGAGGAGCAAGGGAUUGGAAUGAUGUCGAGAGAAACGUGGCGAAUUAUCUGAUGUCAAUGAUUUCAAACUCGACACAGCUCUUCAUCACAGACAAACUCACAACUCGAACGGACGCGCUCCUCAUGUACCUUCGUCGACCCGGAGACGUCAUGUUCCAUCGGAUUCCAAUCGCUCAGGAUCACGUGGAGAAGCAGGUAUACAACAUUUGCACCGCUUACAAGCUGCGGAUCGAGGAGCAGGAGUUUUACGGGAUAUGGAAGGAUUUCUUGACGCAAAACGAGGUAUUUUAUCAAUCUGGAAUGAAUGGAAUCUUCACGAGGACAUCGGACAACCCUCACCUGGCCAACAUCCACCGCCGACCGGAUCCCGAACCUCUUGAGACCCAUUGCGCCCAUUUUGUACCUGUCCAGCCAAUCCCUUAUAUUCUUGUCCCAGUCCACCUAAUUGAAUAUGUCCCUCAUCCCCUACCUACCCAAUAUUUCCCUUAUCCCCCACCAGUCCAUGCCUGGUAA